CUGAGACUCGGGUGUUACGACGUGGUUCGGGUUUUUGGAAUUUUGUGGAGCGGAAGACCUUUAUAAGAAGAGCCAAAGGGUUGGUUACGCCGUGCGGAAAAUGGGUGCCAGCCCUUGGGCUUUGGCGGAGGCGGCAAUAAUGGAGGGAACGCUCUCUGUUUGGGGUCGGCAAGAGGGUGUCGAGGAAUUGAAGGCUAGGCUUCUUUUGACCACUUUGGAACUGGAAUCAUUGCGAACAAAUGCCCAGGAGGAGAUUAGGAGGAACCAAGAAAGCAUAAGCAAGUUAGUCCAUCUCCUCAACGUAACCAGGCAAGAAAGGGAUGAAGCCAGGACACAGCUUCAGAGUCUGCCGAACAAGAUCAUUCUUGGUAGUCCACCGCAGCUUUGUUCCCUCGUUUCCCAUCUCCAGCCUCAAAGUCAAGAGAUCAAGCCCAUGGGAGCCAAUCCCAACAUCGAGAAAUCUGAUGGCCCGUCCAAUCCCCCUACCCAAUACUCUCAUGGCUCCUCCUCUCAUGCCGACCCUUUCUCUGUUACGCUGUCCUCUCCAGAUAUGUCAAAUUUAACCAUGCUCCACCCAAGCAAUACGCAGCUCCAGCAGCAGCCAAUCCUCUUAGAACAUAACAACUCAACCUCCAUGGGGAUCCCCUCAUGCAUCAGCAAACUCGAUAGGGCUUCUGCUGCAAUUGAUAGCCUUGUCUCCAAGAGAGCUCUGCCGGAGAAAGGGAAGCUGUUGCAAACCGUGAUGGAAGCAGGUCCACUGCUUCAGACUCUUCUUGUGGCGGGGCCUCUCCCGCAGUGGCGCAAUCCCCCGCCGCUGAAGCCAAUUCAGAUCCCUCCUGUUGCGGCCCAAGGAGGCAAUACCGAAACACCGAACCGGUCUUUAGUUCUGGGUCCAGAUUACGAGAGAUCCUAUGUUGGAUCCGAAAUGGAUGGUGCAUCCGCGUCCAAUUCCUUUGGCGCAGCAGAUUCGUGUUUCAAGCAGGCAAUGUCCACGUCUCAUGCCAGGAGCUACCAAAGCUUGGCUAAGAAACUAAGGACUCAGUAGAAACAAUGUUCUAUUUACUAAAUUAUGCAGUGCCAGCCUUCAAGACCAGAAGGAAGCAUGCUGCAUCUGGAGUAUGAAAUGUUGUCAUGUUUAAGUUCAGAGACUAUGCUUAGGCCGGCGCAAUGCCUUCAGUUUUUUAUUUCAAGCACUAUAUAUAUCAUGAUGGAUUACUUAUUCUGAUGCUUUCUCUA